GCCUACAGUACAUUCUGCUGCUUAUCCGGGGAUGUCACACCACUGCUAUUUUCUCCCCUCAGUCCCUCUCACUCUCAGCCUACAGCUCCAGCGGACUGACACGGGGCUUUGGAUAGACACAAACGAACAAUAAGAUACCAAACAGAGGCCAGAAAUGGCAGAGCUUGGAGCGGGGAGCCUGCCGUUGGGGGAUCCUGCUUUUAAUUACCAGGAGCACGAGCUGAACGAGCGGCUGAAGCGGCUCUACCCGGCUGUGAACGAGGAAGAGACCCCUUUACCCCGAUCCUGGAGCCCCAAGGAUAAAUACAGCUACAUUGGGCUGUCACAGAACAACCUGCGGGUCCACUACAAAGGUCAUGGUAAGAACCACAAGGACGCAGCAUCAGUGCGAGCCACACACCCAAUCCCCGCUGCCUGUGGGAUCUACUACUUUGAAGUCAAGAUUGUCAGCAAAGGUCGAGAUGGGUACAUGGGUAUUGGCCUGUCUGCCCAGGGAGUCAACAUGAACAGACUGCCUGGAUGGGACAAGCACUCAUACGGUUACCAUGGAGACGACGGCCACUCCUUCUGCUCCUCCGGGACCGGCCAACCAUACGGCCCAACAUUCACCACAGGGGACGUGAUUGGCUGCUGUGUUAACCUCAUCAACAACACUUGCUUUUACACCAAAAAUGGCAUCAGUUUAGGUGUAGCCUUCACAGACCUCCCUCCCAACUUGUACCCCACUGUUGGGCUUCAAACUCCAGGUGAGAUCGUAGACGCCAACUUCGGCCAGCAGCCGUUUGUCUUCGACAUCGAGGACUACAUGAGUGAAUGGCGGGCCAAAAUCCAUGGCAUGAUUGCUCGCUUCCCCAUAGGAGAGAGGCUGGGGGAGUGGCAGGCCGUCCUGCAGAAUAUGGUGUCCAGCUACCUGGUGCAUCAUGGGUACUGUGCCACCGCAACAGCCUUCGCCAGAGCUACAGAGACCAUGAUACAAGAGGACCAGACAUCUAUAAAGAACAGACAGAGAAUACAGAAGCUGGUGCUGGCAGGACGAGUGGGGGAAGCCAUAGAAGCUACUCAACAGCUUUACCCCGGCCUGUUAGAACACAACCCCAACCUACUAUUCAUGUUGAAGUGUCGUCAGUUCGUGGAGAUGGUGAACGGUACAGACAGUGAGGUUUGCUGCUUGACCAUCCGCUCGCCCAAGUCCCAGGACAGUUACCCUGGCUCACCCAGCCUCAGCCCCCGCCACGGAGCCAGCAACACACACCUGCACACCGGAGGAGCAGACAGCCCGACCUGCAGUAACGGGGUGACUCCUACCAACAAGUCAAAGAGCCACAGCGGCGCUGGCAGUAGCAGCGUCAAAUACCCCUCCUCCGCUUCCUCCUCCACCUCCUCCUCCCCUUCCUCCGUCAACUACUCCGAGUCCAACUCCUCCGACUCCACUAAGAGCCAGCCACACAGCGCCAACAGCACCCAGGAAACCAGUGACAGUGAAAUGGAGAUCGAAACAGAGCACUAUACCAACGGGGUUGUUGAGGGCUCCUCAGCACGGAUCAUGAAUGGCACAUACAAGCACGAAGAGAUCCUUCAGCCAGACGACAACAGCAUUGGCAACGGGGUCACAGAUGAGGGUUGUAGUAAUAGCAGACAGCUUUGCGGAGGGAACCAGGCGGCUACAGAGAGGAUGAUCCAGUUUGGACGGGAGCUGCAGGCGCUCAAUGAACAGCUGUGCCGCGAGUACGGCAAGAACGCCACACAUAAGAAGAUGUUACAGGAUGCAUUUAGCCUGCUAGCAUACUCCGACCCGUGGAACUGCCCCGUUGGCCAGCAGUUAGACCCUACGCAGAGAGAAUCACUCUGCUCCGCACUCAACAGCGCCAUACUGGAGUCCCAAAAUCUGCCUAAGCAGCCUCCAUUGAUGUUAGCGCUCGGCCAGGCCACAGAGUGUGUUCAGCUCAUGGCCCGAGUCCGGUCUGGUUCCUGCUCCUUCGCCAGAGUAGACAACUUUUUGCACUAGCCCAGGUCCAGGUUAAUGUUAGUAGCACUGAGAGAAGGCAUGUCCAGCAGGUAGUUGUCAUGGCGACGGAGGAAAGAGCAUGCGUGUGAUUGGUGUGUUUGGCUGUCCGUCAGACCGAGCCAGCGGCACAGACAGAGGAGCGGAGGAGAACGAGAGAGAAGAAAGCUUCCUUUUAAUUUAGUAUUAUCAAAUAAAGAAAUGUGUGACACUAUUUAAAGAUAAUUAAUUAUUAUUCUGUUUAUCUAGCCAUUUUUAUAGUUCUUUUUUUGUCAGUUUGUUGUGCUGCUCAUCCUGGACAAAACAAAUUGUAACUCCCCUUUUUAUUUUUUCUUCUGUUUUAAUGGGUGGAUUUUGAUUCCCUGCCAUCAGUAUUUUACUCACAUUGUUGUUGUUCACCAUAUCACCGACCACAAUACCCACAUCUGGUUAUCAGAGUGACCCCCACAUCUGUAGGUCAACUUAACUUAACCUGAGGUAUAUUAACAUCUUUAUUGAGAUACAGAAGACAGCCUCUGAGCCCUUUAUUCCUCCUAAGUAUCAACUUAGAAGUGCAUUCAUGUCUUUGUAUGCGUUCCGGAUGGCGAGUUCUCAGCAUUAACACCACUGAUUGUGUGGAGCAGAUCAUUAACUCUGGUAAAGGCUGAUACCAUGCAGUAGGAAAUGCUAGAAAAUGGACUGAUGUAAGACAAAAGUGGGUCUACGGAUUAUUCCAGAAAGUUGGAAAACAAACUGUGAUGUAAUUUUUCAAGAAUAAAAUACUUUGAGCUAGAACAGGACACACACCAAAAAAACUAUACUUGAAGGGUCCCUGUAGUGGCAAACACUGCCAGUAACAAGGGAUUCAGUUGGAAUAUAUUGGAGGUGUUGGAGCCUUAAUUUUACUGUAACGACCUCUGCAUCAACCAAUCAGUCAUGUUGUUGUAGGUGGCAGAGCUCAGCCCUAGCUGCAGCUACAACACCCUGCUCUCAGGACCCAACCUAACACAAUUAUCAUGGUCACCUUGAUGCCAGCAAAGACAAAAAUCUGUAUCAAAGGCAGACUAACAAGCACCGUGUGUGUAUGGCUAAAAGUCAAGUUCCCCCUGGGGAUUUCAUUACUGCAGUCUUUUUUUGUACUUCUUCCACAGCCUGACCUGCUCUGUGCAUGUGGUGUCGCAAUUAGAAUUUCAAAUUAAAAGGUGAAAUAAUUUGCCAAACGGGAAGGUUUUUAAUUUUCAGUUGCACUUUGUGAUAAUUAAAUCACAGUUUUUCUUUCAUUUUGGACAUUUGAUUCCAAACCACUUAAACGUUGUGAAAACCAGUUGUGUGUGUUGGAAAAAGGCUUUUUUUCCUUCCACUCAGACACCUCCGUUUCUCUAACACCCAUAAGCUUGACUUGACUGUGUUCCACCUGUUAUUGGACAGUAGGACAUGGUCAAGUCAAGUUUAUUUAUAAAACCCAAAAUCACAGGUUUCCCAGUGAGUACAAACCCUUGAUGCAAAGGAAAGGUCUUUUUAUUGUUCAGGUUCGCUGCUGGCCACCAUGAAAUUUACAAAGUAACCACAUUGCUCCUGUUCAGGGGGUCUUUUUCUGGAGUCAGAUCAGUAGUGACAAAAUGACCAAUUACCACUUCCAGCCCCGAACGGCAUUAAAAACAGCUGGCAGCCACUUUGUAUGCAGCCCCAGAGUGUUCAAUAUUAAAUGAAUGAAUAAGACAUUAUGAAAUAAAUAAGCAUAUGAAUGAAAAUAAUUUAACCAGUACAUUGUAAUUUCAUUUCACAUGCUGGUCUAUUCCAAAUGCCCUUUUUCAAAAGUCUGUUUUUAUUUUAUUAUGGCCGUUUUCCUGGUGACGCUUUUCAUCACAGUGCUGUUGUCACCGAGGUUCAAUCACAGGGCCCAAAAACUGCUGCAAACAUUUAGCCAGCUUGCUUCUCAUAGCUAGUAGCUAACCGACUAGCUAGUAAGUAACUUUGAAUCAACCAGCUAGUUGCUGCUGCUCAUAAACCUUAACCAACCUUUCUUUAUAUUUAGCUUGACAAGGCUACAUAUGCUACCUACCUAGCCAGCUAACUAGCUAGGCUGGCUUGUGGGCUUGGAUUACUCAGCAUUUAAGGGAAGAACCAGUGUUGGCGGCAGCAGCUAACGUUAGUUGAUUAAUUCAGAGUGACUUUGGCAUGGUUGUGAUUCUGAGAAAGUUCCUCAGAAAAAGACACACAACUCUGUGAAGAGCUAAAGGACACAGGACACUCUUUGCUGUAGCCAAAUAGAGCUAGCUCGCUAACUGGCAGUAUUUAUGUUCCCAGGGUCCUUUGUACCCAGUUCUAGGGAUUAUGGUCAGGGGGUUAGGGAACUAAGGAGCUUGGGAACAUAGAUAUGCUCCCACUGGCAGUUCAUGGGGGCUGAGUUGAGUUUUGAUUCCUUUACAUAUUUCAUCUGUACGACAGAUUAUUCAUUUCAUAAUGUCUUGUUUAUUUAUUAUUGUAACUAAGAUAGCAUUAUUCACAUUGGACCUUUCUUUCAGAAGCACAAAUGUAAUAUUGCCAUUUUAUCCCCCAACACCAUUAUCAUUCAGAAGUGUUGUUGUUUUUUGAGGAAGUGGGGGAGUCAAGAUCAUCAUCAUCAUCAUCAUUAGCUUUCUGUCUCUGUAUCUAAACAGGUGAUUGUUCAUGGCAAAACUAUAAAUCCUACUCCACUGUAUGUUUUUUCCAUAUGCAUCAAUAAUUGGAUUGAUUUUGAUCAUCACCACCCCUUUAGCUUUAUCUGAAACAUUCUUUUGUUUUCUACCAAAUAGCAGUGACUGAAUAUUGACUGAAUAGUGGCACGCUGUCACUCCUGCUGCUUUGUUGUGACCUGGCAAAUGGCUUGUGGAUCCACCCUGAAGUGUAUAUUUCCAUUUAUAAGAGCAUUUUAAGUCUAUGGUAGAGACAUAUGGAAUAAUAUAAUUCUGGAGAUGUGUAUAUGCAGUGUGGGGUUUACUACAGGGUAUGUGGUCUAACUUUUUACCAAGCUGGUUUUUAUAAAGACCUUCUGCUAUAAUAGGAACUAUUCUUAAAACCACACAUGCAGUACACACUCACGGCAACUGCUUCUACAGCUGUAAAGGACUUCUGUUACACACACACACACACACACACACACACACACACACACACACACCUGUAUGUGAAAGAACAACCUCUGUUGCAUACCUGUAGGGAACGAGUCUCCCAGCUGUCCUUUGUGUUUUGAGCCUGGGCUGCGUCUCAGUGCUGUUACCACGCACCCUUCCUCUAAUCCCUGCAUAGACAUAGCCACUGAUGUGAUCAGUGAUUGUUAUAAGGAAAGGACGGAUUGUUUUGGAAAUGGGCCCGAGGCCUCUGAAGCCACAUGAACUUCUUCCGGAGAGUCCGGAGAAAUGGAUUUAGGCAUCGCAAACAAGCUGUGCACAAUUGACUUCUAUCAUAAUUUUAAUUUCAUAUUUUGAUUUUUGAGUUUUAGCAAAAAAUAAAAUAAAAUAAAAAAAACAAUUGUGAAUUGAGUUACCCUCUACUUAGCAUGACUUUUAAAGCCUUUAAAAUGAUAUUAAAAAAAAAGGAAAAAUGAUAAUUGAAAAAAAAAAACCUAUGUACUGGAAACAUGUUAAAAAAGAAAUAUUG